AUGCGUAAAGCAACUGCUGUCGCACUUUCACCUUCUGUAGCCAAUCUAUUGGCAGCUCAACGAAUGUUGGAUUUGGAAGAGCCGCUUGUCAAAUCGAAGAAGUAUCCGUUUUUUAAAACUCCAAGGAUUGGCUCAAGACGAAUACGUAAUCGACUUGUACAAAAACAGGGUAUUUGCAAUAUAAGUUUGAAGAAUGUUCCAAAACAACGGCGGAAAUAUUUCAGUGAUAUUUUCACAACGGUGAUUGAGAUGAAAUGGCUUGGACACCGUGUAUUGUUAAUGUACAUUCGGAAAUCAACGCCUUCCUUUUUUCCUUCACUACACAAACAACGAUUGGAUAUGGAUUUCGGUGAGUUAUAUGUCAACAUUCUCUCACAUAUCAUUUUUCAUUACAAUUCUUCUAAGUUGUUUACCUGUUUACCUGCGGUUGAUCUCGGUAUACAUCAUAAAUGUUCACUACGUUCUCAGUCACCUGUUUUGAUGAAUGCGCUUGCCCCACCGAACCAUAAAGCAUCCUGUGUUCGUCGAGGCUCGUCAAGUGUCAGCGUCUCACUUCAUGGAUGA